AUUCAUAAUCUUUGGUAACUCAGGAAGUGUAGCGGAAGUGUAGUUUCGUCGGAUGGAGGCACCCGUAGCUGUAUGGAUCUGUGCAAAACUGCUACAUGACAGGUUCUAGAAUUCAGUGACGGUGUUUUGGGCGGCUCGAGGAGGAGCAGCAGCAGCGAUGGAGGGGUUCGGGACUAUAAACUUCCCCAUGUUAGCAGACGAAGAAGAAAGCUGCAGUGCCUCUGCUGUACCAAGUAACGGUAGAUGUUACAGCACUUCACUGCAGGGUGUUUUCGUUGAAGAGUGCAUGGCGUCUGCAUCAGAAGACAGCAUGGCGUCCCUGUGCCAGAGCCAGCAGCAGUGUGUGAAGGCCUCCAUCGUGUCCAGCUGGCAGCUGGUGGAGGCUCAGGACCAGCUGUGUGGGCUGGAGCUGCACGGCUCCGAGAGUGUUGAGCAGGAGCAUGCCCGCGCCAUUGCCAGCCAAUCAGAGCUCUCUCAGACGGAACAAGAGUGGCGCCGGAAGGAGAACAUGCUGGGAGGCAGCAGAAGCCCUGUGCUCAGUGCUGACAGCAGCCAGGAUGUGUUUGACAAGAGUAUUAUUAAUUCAAGAAGUAAAAACGUUGAAUUGGAGGAUCAUGACCAGAGCAAAACCUUUGUUCAGAAGUAUGAACAAGAAUUUAGACAUUUCGGCAUGUUGCGGAGGUGGGAUGACAGCCAGCGGUUCCUGUCUGACCUGCCUCACCUCGUCUGUGAGGAGACUGCCAACUACCUGAUCCUCUGGUGCUUCAGACUACAGGCUGAAGAGAAAGAGGCGUUGAUGGAGCAGGUAGCUCACCAGGCUGUUGCUAUGCAGUUUAUCCUGGAGAUGGCCAGCACCUCCCAGCAGGACCCCAGAGGCUGCUUCCGUCAGUUCUUCCACAAAGCCAAAGCAGGACAAGAGGGGUACUUGGACGUAUUCCAUACUGAGCUAGAGGCCUUUAAGCAGAGAGUAAAAGAGCACACUGUCAAGUGCAAAGGAGAGACACUCCCUAACUUUACAGAGCACCAGAGCAGCACAGCACGCUGUCGUCCGGACCCCAAGGAAGUUCUAGAAUCUUUACCCCCUGAACUGAAGUCCGGCUUCCAGCUGCAAGACAUGCAGAUUCUCCAGAAUGUUCUCAGCACCAUGAAUCCACAGGUGGCAGAGUACCAUGUGAAGCGCUGCCUGGAGGCUGGUUUGUGGACCAACAGAGAAGGGAGAUGGUCCAAGGAGGACGCUACUUUAGAAACAGACGACCUGCGCAUGAUGGAGACAUAGCGAAUGUGGCGCAAGCGCCCUCCUUCUCCCCAUCAGUUCAUGACACUCAAUAGAAAUAUUACAAAAUGGAGGGAAAAAGGACUGAGCUCCCACAGACUUAUUUUUGUAUGCCGCAGAAUCAGCGCUGGAAUGUGUCCUGCACUUUAUAUUUGUUCAAAACAAAGAAAGUAUUUAAGGGAAGACGAUUGGUAGGUAUUUUGAAGUGCUUACUGUACCUUUGCUUAUAUCGCUAAAGUAUCUCUUAUGUCAUAUCUUGAAGGGAGUUUGAAACAGUUUAUCUACAGUAGGUUUGGCUGGACCCGGCACAGUCCUUCCCUAGCAGGAGGGGGGGAAACCUGAGCAUUAGAAUAAAACACGCUCUUGCUGUAAAUAAAAGUACAUAUUGUUUUUAUAAUUGAAGAAACAAAAGGCCCGUUCCUGGACUCAUGGUUCUGCAGUGGACAUCUCCGACGUGCUGUCUAAAACUGCUAUGCCACUAGCGUUGUGUGGUCAAAACUGUCCGAGAAACUUUCAGAGGAACUGCUCAGUGCUCCUUUUAAACUCCUGCGUGUCCAGUUCGUCGUCGUUAGGCCAAACAUUGACAGUACCACGGCGUUGCCACGACGACGUAACUAUGCAACGUGAUCUGUUGACCGCUGUACCCGAAAUCUUUUGUUUUUGUUACUGCUCGUCACUCCACCUCAACCAACCCUCCAGAAAUGUGUCCGUCACAGAAGAAUGAGCUUCUCAACAUACGUGUGUGGCUGCUAAACCUGCUCACAGACUUGAUUGUGGAAUAGAAACAGAUCGUAAAACUUUCUGGCUGACGUAGCGUGAUUAACAUCCUGUGUCAGGCUCUGCUUCGGUGCUCUGUUUGAAAUAGAACAGCUUUAAAACAACUGUGUUCAGGGGGAAAUGCUUUUCAUAGGCCUACCAGCCAUAUUAGGGACUUAGACUUUUGCAGAGCGUCCAAGGUCGACAUUAAAUGGAAAGCUGUUUGUUGCUUUUCACCAUUUUUAAAAAUGUAUUGUAUUUGUUUAUUUUACAUUUUUAAACAGUUGGCCUGAAUACAGUCUCUUCCAGCAAGUGAGACUUGAUAAUAAAUAAUACACUUGUUAUGAAAUAAAGUUUAAGGUUCAUUAAAGUAUAUUCAUACAUGUAUACACAUUUAAUAAAGUAGUUAUUCCUUUGACUGAUCAAAGUACAGAUAAUGUGCUACAAAAAUAAUGCAUUAUAAUAUGCUGGUCAGACAUUCAGCAUACAUUUUCAGUAUAGAUUAGUCGGAUUACAAAUCUAAACUCCCAAGGCAUGGCCACAGUCAGAGAAAAUAUACAAAUAUCGUAAUUAAAACUAGGCAUCGGCUAAUUACAGCUUUUUUUGAGAAUAUACGUCUCCGUUAUAACUUAUCCAAAUAGAUUUUCUGACGUUUCACUUCGCGGGAGUGCAACGUUCACUCUGGUUUAACCAGGCUAACAACUUCAAAUGACAGCUACUCUAAACUACUGCAUUUCUGGUGACAAAUGUGUCAUUGGCAUUAAGUCUUUUUUUUAUCAUUCAUUAAUUGCAUGGUGAUCCACAUUUUUUUUUAUCAUGUAAAAGCGACACGAUAUAUUGUCAUGUCAACAUCUUGGCCCUAAAGAUGAAUUCAAGACAACUUCAACUAAUAUAAAUGGCACUUUUCCCUUUACCCCAUUAUAGUUGUCCUGUACACAGACAGAUCUGUUUGUGCUGUUCUGCCAACUUCUAUCGUCAUUGUUUGGCAUGACUAUAGAAGUUGGCCAGAGCACAAACAGAUCUGUAUUGUAGCUUGUUGCUAGGUGGUUUUGUAUCCAAUUCAUACCAUUCCUUGGUCAGGCGACAUAUGGAAUGAACAGAGAUGGAAUGUGACAUUUAGUUGAAUGAGUGGUCCUCAUCCACAUAUGUUGUAGUAGUAAAUGAUAUGGUCUUAUAUAGGCACUGAGAUACUUUUACAUUUUGGACCGAAGAGUUGAGUCCCAUUUAAAGUUGUGGUAAACUGAUCCAUUCUUUUCCCGGGAGUGUAUUCUAUGCUUUCCCAACAACCUUUUAAUAUUGUGGGGAGAGUUUUUUGGACAGGAAGGCCUGAAUGUGAGGCCAGGUCUUGUUGGUUUCCGUUCCUGAGAAUGUCUCCAACACCCCUUUACUCCUGUUGUUAGAAACAGACAUUAGUACCUCAUGACAGUCAUGAAAGUUAUCACAAUAAACAUAAGCAGUGAACCAGGUCAUGUUCAGUGGGUAAAAAAAAAAAAACGUUUUGAAAUGGGGAGGUACUACUACCCUUUUCUCCAAUAAGAACAGAUUUCCGCUAAAUGUUUUGCUGCCGUAUGCUCUACUGAACGCAACCCAGUUCUUAACUACAUAAUACUUUCACGGUUGCCAACAUAGAUCAUUCACUGUUUAACAAAGGGAAAGAGAUCACUGCACAGUGUAAUGCAUUCACUGUCUGGUCUCAUUUCUGAAACCUGAAUCCUUUGUUACAGUCCCAAGAUAUUUCAGUUCUCAGACUGGCCUCUGUAGUAGGGUUUAUUCAUCUUUAUCAAUUUACCAGUGAAGAAGAGCUCCAACAUCUAUGUUAUCAAUAACUUGGACGCUAUAACAUCCUAUGUACACAGGGGGCUCUGCCUACUGUUUUCCUUUUUUGCAUUGGCCAGUGAACUGUGUGGAUGUGAUUUGUCAUCUUGACCGUCACACAUGCACUUAGCUAUGCAUCUAAAUUCAAAUUUCUAGCUAAUUGAGAUGAAUGUCCGUUUGUUACGCCACCUUAUGUCGCAGCUUUGAAAGGGCAGAUCUACAGUAAGCCUUGAAGCCUAUGAUGACCCGAAAAGGGCCACUGCAAUGUUAUUAUGCAGUUACAGCUUAUAUAAUUGAAUAACUAAUAUAACGGUGUAUCAAAUGUGUUGUACUAGACUGGUAUGUUUUUGGAGAGAAACAAAUACAAUGUGUAUAUUUACAUACACUUAGGUUGGAGUCAUUAAAACUUGUUUUUUAACCGCUCCACAAAUUUCUUGUUAACAAACUAUAGUUUUGGCAAGUCGGUUAGGACAUCUACUUUGUGCAUGAGACAUGUAAAUUUAACAAUUGUUUACACACAGAUUAUUUCACUUAAUUAUCACAAUUCCAGUGGGUCAGAAGUUUACAUAACCUAAAUUGACCUUGCCUUCAAACAGCAUGGAAAAUAGUGCGCAUGUAGAAACACUAGGGGACCACGUAGCCGUCAUACCGCUCAGGAAGGAGGCGCGUUCUGUCUCCUAGAGAUGAACUUACUUUGGUGCGAAAAGUGCUAAUCAAUCCCAGAACAACAGCAAAGGACCUUGUGAAGAUGCUGGAGGAAACGGGUACAAAAGUAUCUAUAUCCACAGUAAAACGAGUCCUAUAUCGACAUUACCUGAAAGGCCGCUCGGCAAGGAAGAAGCCACUGUUCCAAAACCGCCAUAAAAAAAGCCAGACUAUGGUUUGCAACUGCACAUGGGGACAAAGAUCGUACUUUUUGGAGAAAUGUCCUCUGGUCUGAUGAAACAAAAAUAGAACUGUUUUGCCAUAAUGACCAUCGUUAUGUUUGGAGGAAAAAGGGGGUGGCUUGCAAGCAGAAGAACACCAUCCCAACCAUGAAGCAGGGUGGGGGGGGGCAGCAUCAUGUUGUGGGGGUGUUUUGCUGCAGAAGGGACUGGUGCACCUCACAAAAGAGGACAUCAUGAGAAAGGAAAAUUAUGUGGAUAUAUUGGAGCAACAUCUCAAGACAUCAGUCAGGAAGUUAAAGCUUGGUCGCAAAUGGGUCUUCCAAAUGAACAAUGACCCCAAGCAUACUUCCAAAGUUGUGGCAAAAUGGCUUAAGGACAACAAAGUCAAGGUAUUGGAGUGGCCAUGACAAAGCCCUGACCUCAAUCCUAGAGAAAAUGUGUGAGCAAGGAGGCCUACAAACCUGACUCAGUUACACCAGCUCUGUCAGGAGCAAUGGGCCAAAAUCCACCCAACUUAUUGUGGGAAGCUUGUGGAAGGCUACCCGAAACGUUUGACCCAAGUUAAACAAUUUAAAGGCAAUCCUGCCAAAUACUAAUUGAGUGUAUGUAAACUUCUGACCCACUGGGAAUGUGAUGAAAGAAGUAAAAGCUGAAAUAAAUCUUUCUCUCUACUAUUAUUCUGACAUUUCACAUUCUUAAAAUGAAGUGGUUAUCCUAACUGACCUAAGACAGGGAAUGUUUACUAGGAUUAAAUGUCAGGAAUUGUGAUAAACUGAGUUUAAAUGUA